UUUGAAGAACUUCUAGAUCUACUUUUUACCUCAGGGGAUGGUUGAACUAACUUCAAAUCCAGAUGAAAUUAUGCAGUACGAAAAAUAUCCAUUUGAAGAAACUGACCUACUAUAUAUCAGUCAUCAAGUCAGUGAGAGUUUCAAAGAGGUUUGCAACAGCCUGGAAUUGGAGCAGGAAGCAGUUGAAAAAAUUGAAAAUGAAGAGGGCGAUGAAUCACAUAAAAUUUUCUGUGCACUAGUUGAUUGGGGUGAACGGCAUGAGAAGAGGACUUGGGGAGACUUAGUUCAUCAGUUUCGCAAUCAUGACGAGUUCAAGCAAAUAAUUAGAACAUAUUUAACCAACUAUCAGCCCCACGAAGGUGCAGCAGAACUUUAUCCAUUUUCUUGUUCAUUUGAAGAAACUGGGAAGGGAGUUACUGAACCAUCAGUUGAAGCUUAUCCACGCAGUCCACAUUCUAACAGGCCGCAUUUACUAGUGAGGGAUAAUCUUGAAAAAUUGCAGAUGGAUUUUAACAAUCUUCUCGCUAAGGCUAAUAAAAAUCUUGCAUCUCAGCCCAGCAUUAUUGAUGAUUUGCGUGUACGUCUAGCUGCAUUAUGUGUUGAUGUCAAGAGCAAUAUUCGCUUUUUCGAUGAAAUGAUGUGCAAAUUAUUCACCAAUAUGAAAGUUCCAGAAAUUAUUAUGCUGUUGACCAAGCACCGUGUUUGGGAUCCAAUUAAUUAUCGGAUUCUUAAGAAGCUUUUAGACCUGUGUGUUCCAUUUGAAAUUGAGAUUCAUGACGAUAUUGAACGACAUGCACAUAAGGUUGAAGUUUUUCAGCGAACAACACUACUUCGAGAUUAUACGGCAAUUGUUGGAUCUAAUAUAUUAUCUUCUCCUCAUGGGUGCACAACCAUCACUGUUAAAUUUGAGAGAAAAUACAAGGGAUACACAAUGGCCAGCUUUGCUCACGAUCAAAGUUUCUUGGCUGGGCAAUUUCUUCUUGAAGAAUUUAUUUUUCGUUUCAAAGAGGCACAUAGCGGUUGUGUCAGUAUUACGUGGUUCAUCCCGAAAAGUUCACUUCCAUUGCUAUCACCACACAUAAUCAAUGAAAAACGAAAAGAGCUGAGAGAAAAAGAAGUAAUAGAGAUAAUGGUUGAUAAUAAAUUUAUAUAUAGGAUUCCAAACCUGGUGAUAAACAGCCCGCCCUUACAUAUGGAUUCUAAAUCGGACACAGUUGAUUAUGAAGCUAUGUAUGAUGAAAGCAUCAAAAAUCCUACUGAGUUUUGGAGUCGUCAGGCCAAAAAAUUUCUUAAAUGGAUAAAAAUAUUUGAUGAAGUAGAUGGAUGUAGACUGGAGGAAGGAGUCAUCAGCUGGUUUACUGGUGGUCAAUUGAUGUGUCUUAUAAUUGCCUUGAUCGCCAUGCUGUGAAAAAUGGAGAGAGGACAGCGUUGAUCUGGGAAAAGAAUCAGACCAAGGAGCAGAUAAAUGGUAUCCAUGAGUGCAUCAGCUACAGGAAACUAUGUGGAGAUGACUUGCCAAAUUGCCAAUGUGCUGAGAACAAAUUGUGGCGUAAAAAGGUGACAGAAUAGUCAUCUACAUGCCAACCUGCCCAUUGGCUGUUGCAGCGAUGCUAGCAUGUGCCAGAAUUGGAGCUGUUCACUGGUAAUGCACACGCAGAGUCAUUAGUCUUGUUCUAAGACCACAUAUUGUAGAGAGUCAAAUCCAGCGAAGCCAGGUUUGUUGUCACUCACAAAAGGCUUUUGUUGGAGACAAAUGUUGCACUUGAGAAGCAAUAUUGAUAAGACUCUCAAGCUUCUUGAGAAGACAAAUGAAAAUUCAGUAAAUCAUGUUUUAGUUUGGAAAAUGAAUGAUUGUGAUAUUGGAGAUACACUAAGAGACACUGAUCUCGAAACGGCAAUGAAAGCUGCACCUACUUACUGUGAACCAGUAGCAAUGGAGAGUGACGACCCACUCUUUAUUAUGUACACAUCUGGAACUACCGAUGAGCCUACAGGAUUUGCCAUACCCAAGCCGGAUAUCUCCUUUGUGCUGCAAUGACACAUAAGUAUGUGUUUGACUACAAGAUUGGAGAGGUGGUUGCCUGCGUAGCUGACUUAGGGUGGAUGCUGCCCCUACGUUUGUAGUAUAUGGUCCACUCUGCAAUGGAGGAACCACCGUGUGUUUCAGGGAACUGCAACCUACCCAGAUUCAGGUAGUUACUGGGAACUGGUGGAGAGAUUGAAGGUAAACCACUCGACACUUCUCCGCUGCAAUAAAGAAGUUGAUGAAGGAUAAUCUGAAUUGUGUAAAUGACUAUAACGUUUCAUCGCUCAAGACUAUUGCUUUAGGUGGUGAACCAAUAUCGACAGCCACAUGGAUGUGGUACUACACAGCUGUUGGAAGAAGAAACUGCUUGUUAAUUGACACUUAUGGGCAAACAGAGCUUGGUGGAUUUGCACUGAGUCCUUGGCCGGGAAGUAAACUAAAGCCAGGUGUCUGUGCAAAACCAUUCUUGGGGGUAGAACCAAUCAUUGUUAAUGAGAAGGGUGAAAUUCUGCAAGAAAGUGGAGUUCAAGGUUUACUGUGCUUCAGACAUCCCUUUCCAGCAAUGGGGAGAGAAAUUAUUGGUGGAAGUUUUAAAAACAAAUAUUUUAGUUCUUUUCCUGGAAAAUACUUCACUGGAGACUGGGCUUACCGCGAUAUGGAUGGAGACUAUCAGAUUGUAGGAAGAAAAGACGACAUUGUCAGAAUAAAGGGUGUCUGGAUCCAAAUUCCCGAGAUUGAGAGUUCUAUAGUAGGAAAAAGCAAUAAUAUUGAAAAUGCGUCAUACAUUGGUCUGUCUUCUGAACCCUCUGCAACUACUGAUGCAUGUGUUGUUGUUGAGGUGAGGAAAUCAGUACCAGAAUCACAGCAGAAAUCCAAAAAAUUCUACCGUGACAUUCUUGAGUCUGUAAAAAGUUCCAUAAUCAACAAUGCUGGAGAGCACGCACUUCCACGUUUUGUUUUGGUUGUAAGAGAAAGUGUAUACACCUGGUCAAAUAAGAUGUGCCGAAGUAUUUAUCGCGACAUGGCUGAAGGUUUUUUCAAACCUUUGUUAAAACAUGUUGAUCCAAGUGAAAACAUAGUUUUGCUGGACUAUACUACAAGCCCUUUGCCACCUGUUGCUAACAAAUGGGAACACCUACAAUAGUUCUUUUUCUGACAUAUUUAAAAAAUUAUAUCACUGCACUGUUGUAGGUGUUCCCAUUUGUUAGCAACAG